GCUUGUGUUUUGGAAUGAUUCCAGAUAACUAUGUUGUAACGGAUCAUGGAUCGUGUGUCCGGACGUGCAGUGCUAACACAUACGAGGUGGACGAGGGAGGAAUCAGGAGGUGCGCCAAAUGUGAUGGACUGUGCCCAAAAGUGUGUAAUGGACUUGGAAUAGGAAACCUGACUCACAUCAUUUCUAUCAAUGCCACCAACAUUGACUCAUUUAAAAACUGCACGAAAAUCAAUGGCAACAUUGCUAUCAUCUACACAACAAUUCAUGGGGACCCAUUUACCAACACACCAAAGAUGGAGCUUUCCCAGCUUGAAGUGUUUAAGACGGUCAAGGAAAUAACUGGAUACUUGUUGAUCCAAACGUGGCCAGAUAGCAUGAGCUCACUCAGUCCUUUUGAGAAUUUGGAGAUCGUUCGAGGAAGAACUAAACGUGGUAGCCGUAGUUUGAUGAUAGCUCAGCUCACUAUCAACCACUUGGGCCUUCGUUCCCUCAAAGAAAUCAGCGAUGGAGACGUGGUCAUCUAUAAGAACCGAAACCUGUGCUACACCAAGAAAAGCCACUGGAAGAGGCUCUUCAAAUCAGAAAGACAGACUGCCACCAUAGAGGAAGAUGCUGAUGCUGCCACAUGUGCCCUGUUGAACAACAUUUGCGACAGGAAGUGUACCGCGGACGGCUGCUGGGGUCCCGGCCCUGACAUGUGUUUUGCCUGUCGAGAUUACAACCGAGCUGGGAGCUGUGUUGACUCCUGCAACAUCCUGGAGGGAGAGCCGCGAGAGACUGCGGUGAAUAAAACCUGCAUCGAGUGUCACCCUGAGUGUCAUCGCAUGAAUGGGAGCGCGACCUGCAGUACUCCGGGAUCUGGAAACUGUACUAAGUGUGCCAACUACCAGGAUGGCCUGUUCUGUGUUCCCCGGUGUCCACAAGGCGUGCCAGGGGAGGACGACAUGCUGGUGUGGAAAUAUGCAGACGAGAUGAAAGUGUGCAGGCUCUGCCACAAAAACUGCACUCAGGGGUAACGACUUCCUGCAGCCCAGAUGAGAACUGGCACUGCAUUUCUCUGUGUUGCAAACAUUUGUCUGUCGUAAUGUUGAUGCAGUAACUUAAUCCGAUCCAGAAGGGUCAGCUGUGGUGCUGCUGGCACAAAUUGUAGAGAAAUUGGCUCCUAAUAUCAAGACAUUUUUGCUGAGAUUAGUGAUGAAAUUUAGUAUUUAGGAGGGGAAGUUAAUGAAGAUUAUAGUACAUUUUCUAGUUUUCCCAUUUAUUUAACAUUUUACACAUCAUUACAUGUAUUACUUAAGCUCUUUUUCCAAAGCAUAUCAUAAUUGUAUAGCUUUCUAUAUGCUGUUAUCGUUGGUUUCCAUUUGUUUGCAAUGGAUAGAGGUCUGCACUGCACCAUAUAACAGAACAAAACUAACUUUUACAGAAAGCAGAUGUUAUGUUCACUGACUAUCAACUUUCAGCCAUGGUGGUGUUGUUAAUGGUUAUCUUGGAUAUUGUUUCAACCAAACCUGUGUUGAUUGACUUCUGUAACCAUAUUGUGCAACCUUUUAUCAAGUAAAAUAUGACGAAGAUUUACACAA